AUGAGCCAUGGCCAGGCCGUCUUGGACCAUAGCCUGGGCUUUGCCGACGUAGAGCGGCGGAUCGUGGCCAACUCUAGCACGACGUGCCCCAUAGCAUCCCUGACCAAGGCAUUCGUCGCCACCACCAUUGCCCAGCUCGGCCAAUCGCUCGCCACGAGAGUCCUGGACCGACUCGGCCUCUCGCACGCCACCGUCAUCGCCUCCAAGAUCCCACCCGAUUCGCUCGCCCAGCCGUACAUGGUCCUCGACAACUUAACCCCAGUGCGAGUCGGUAAGAUAGACCUCGCCGACGGCUGUAUCAUGACCUCCGGAGGCGGUGUCCGCAGCACCGUCGGUGACCUGCUCACCUGGGGCAACACGUUACUAUCGCUCUUCCGUGACGAGGAGCCACCGCUUGCCUCCCUGAACACAGCCCUGUCGGGCCACAGCUUCAUCAACAGUACCAUAGUGCCAGACGAGAUCUACGCCAUGGGCUUCGCAAAGGCCACGACCCCAGCGCAGUUUGGCAAGGUGGGCUUUAAUGCCAGCCUCGUCGACACCAUACCCGUCAUCGGAGGUUCUUCAAUGCCAGAGCAGGAACUCUAUCACAGUAGCGCCGGAGCUGGCUACAACCACUGCUUCAUGCUGGUCCCAGGGUCUCAGUCUGUCGUUGUCGUCCUCACGAACUUCGUCUCUCAGGAAGACAUUGCGGACUGGGUCGCCCAGUCCCUCCUUCAGGCUGUCCUCGACGAGAGGCAACCCUUGGACCUGAGGCCAUUCGCCGAGCAGGCUGCCGCAAAGUGGCGAGGUACCUACAAGAGAAUUGCCGAUGUCCUCAGGCCGGACUCGGAGCAGCCCUCUCACAAGUCCCUUGAGGGGAGGUACUGGCACAAGACUCGCGCGUUUUACAUCGAGGCAUUCCAGAAGGAUGGCGUGCUGAAGUUCAACCUCAACCAAAGGACAGAUCAGGAGCACGUUCUAUCGCACUACAGCGACGACACGUUCCUCUUUCUGCCGUCGGCCGAGGAGCGGCUUCGCAGCAGCUUGUUUCACUUUGACGCUCCAGCAUGGCUGCUACACUUCAAAAGGGACAACCGUGGCAGGUUUUCGGAGGUACAGUGGAACAUUGACACUCAAUCACCUUUUCCAGAGAGGUUUAUAAGAGAAGAGUCUUAA